AUGGGUCGAGUUAUCCGUAACCAGAGGAAGGGUCGCGGCUCGAUAUUCACGGCCCACACCCGACUGAACAAGGCACCUGCGAAAUUCCGAACUCUCGACUACGCUGAACGACAUGGCUACAUUCGCGGUGUCGUGAAGGACAUCGUCCACGACCCCGGACGAGGUGCCCCCCUCGCAAAGGUGGUCUUUAGAGACCCGUACAGAUUCAAGCUCCACACUGAGACUAUGAUCGCCAACGAGGGCAUGUACACUGGCCAAUUCAUCUACUCCGGCAAGAACGCAAGCUUAACUGUCGGAAACAUCCUCCCUCUCGGAAGCGUCCCUGAAGGUACCGUCGUGUCGAACGUCGAGGAGAAGAUUGGCGACCGAGGCGCACUUGGCCGUACAUCUGGCAACUACUGCACUGUUAUCGGCCACAACCCCGACGAGGGCAAGACCCGUGUCAAGCUCCCAUCCGGUGCUAAGAAGGUUGUAUCGAGCAGUGUCCGUGGCAUGAUUGGCAUUGUCGCUGGUGGAGGAAGGACGGACAAGCCUCUCCUGAAGGCCUCGCGUGCUAAGCAUAAGUACGCUGUGAAGCGCAACUCGUGGCCCAAGACUCGUGGUGUGGCCAUGAAUCCCGUCGACCAUCCUCACGGAGGUGGUAACCAUCAACAUAUCGGUAAAGCGUCAACAAUCUCGCGGUAUGCUGCCCAGGGUCAAAAGGCGGGUCUCAUCGCUGCUCGCCGGACUGGUCUGCUACGUGGUACUCAAAAGGUGAAGGACUAGGGGAUUUGAGAGGGUGCACGGUUCCGGGAUCUGUUUUGCGGCUUCGGGGUUCUCCAUGGUGGUAGUAUCCAAGUUGGCCUGCCGCGAGAGGCAGGUAGCAUAUCACGGGUUUCAAACAGCCUGGGUCCAAUGUGAUACAAAAAUCUAAAAGCCAGAAGACUUGCCAAGCCUGUGUGUUUCGCUGAUUCUGAUCUCUUCACGUGCUUC